AUUGAAGAAGAUAGUAAACGGAGUUUGCUGCUGGCCUGAGUAUUUGCAGACUAAGACUAUACACGUGAGCACCACUACGACGUAGAUGGCAAACAGAGUGAGGAAAUCCAUGUCUCAUCUGGCAGCUUCAGAGGCACAAAACAACAGGUGUUUAAGGGCUCCACACAAUGCAGCAAAGCAUCACAAGACACCUGUUGGAUCUGGUUGCUGACAUGGCCCAACACUCAUGUUACGGCUCACAGUGCUGGAGAGGGGGGCAUUACUCAGGAGCGCUGCACGCACAUCUAUGAAUGCUGUUUAAAAAGUCCUCAGCAUGCCGUCGUCCAACCAGGGCUGGCCUGAAGACUUCGGCUUCAAGCUGGGUGGGAAUGGACCCAGCUACAUCCUGUCUGUGGAGGAGGGCAGCAGCGCCCAUCUGGCAGGGUUGCAGGCCGGUGACCAGGUCCUGGAGAUCGAGGGCCACAAUGUGUCAACACUGGGUCCCCAAGCUGUUAUUGCCAUCGCCCAGACUCAGAAGAACAUCCCUCCCAGUAUCGGCGUGGUGUCCCGCAUACAGCAGAUGGACAUUGUACCAGGUCCAGACGGUCGUUUCGGGUUCACCAUCGUAGGAGACUGCCCCCUGCUGGUGGAGGACUGCUCUCCUUGCUCACCAGCUGGCCGCGCAGGUCUCAGGGCGGGGGAUUACGUCAUGGAGGUCAACGGCAUCCCCGUCAGGCAGCACGAGAUGGCAGCAGCGCUGAUCAAGGCCUCCCAGGGGAGGACGCUCCGUCUGGGGGUGCUGUGUCUUGGCCCGAGGCAGAAACACAGAAUCAGCAUAGAGGACAGUCAGAUAGGAGGAGACGGGGCGAGACAGGACCGUAAACAUAAAGCUCUGGAGUUCAAUAGGAAGGUGGAGCAGAUCCUGGGUGACGAACCUGAAGUGAAAGAGAAACUCUUCAGUGUGCUGAAGCAGUAUGCAGCCGAGAAGAGAGUCGAGUGGUUGGCCUCGGUCCUGCCUGAUGUGCUCACCACUGACGAGCAUCGACAGCUUAUCUCCAGCAUUAGAAUCUUCAUUCCCAAGAAGCACCGGCAGCGCUUUGACGAGGCUGUGUCCCAGAACGUGAUCAACCGGCUCUGCCGCAGCAAGAGCAUCAGCGAGCCGCAGGGCAGGAUCCGUCGCAGUCGGAGUGAGGACCACUCCGAUCGCCACCGUGGGUCCAAACGGGCCAGCUCGGUGCCCAGAGACGGAGAACCUGGAGGGAGGGGUGAUGCUGAGAGAGACAGGGGGUUAAGAAAGUCCGCCUCUGGGAUACCUGCACAUCCCCCCAUUGGACCCAAUCAGAGGGUCAUUCGUGUCUACAGGGGGAAGAAGAACUUCGGCUUCACGUUGCGAGGUCACGCUCCCGUCUGCAUCGACUCUGUUAUUCCAGAUAGUCCUGCUGAGGAAUGCGGACUGAAACCAGGUGACCGUAUCCUCUUCCUCAAUGGACUGGACAUGAGAAACUGUUCCCAUGAGAAGGUGGUGUCUAUGCUGCAGGGCAGUGGGGCAAUGCCUACUCUGGUGGUGGAGGAGGGUCCUUCUGACUACUCCUCAGACCAAACUGACCCAGAGGAGUCUCCAAGCCUGCCUCCCACCACCACCACCACAUUACCACGCUCCAGGUCUCCAGCCCUCAGCUCUCUGCAGUGGGUGGCAGAGAUUCUUCCACCGAGCAUCAAAGUCCAUGGGCGAACCUUCAGCCAGCAGCUGGAGCACCUGCUGACCAUCCAGGAGAGGUACACAGUCUGCAAGGCACUGGAGACCUUCUUCCAGCACAGGAAUGUGGACACUUUGAUAGUGGACGUGUUUCCGGUGUUGGACACUCCGGCCAAACAGGUGAUCUGGCAGUUUAUUCACCAGCUACUGACCUAUGAUGAACAAGAACGCUGCCAGAGCAAGCUCUCACGCUUCCUGGGUUUCAAAAGCAGCGCAGUGUUGGAGCCUGAUAUCGGUCCAGAACACCACCGGAGGAGCAGCUCCAUGCGAGUGACGGGGACUUCGUACCGCAGCUGCAUCCGAGAGAGGAGCUCCGAUGACUGCAUCAUCGGGACUCACCUGGGAAUGGGAAUUCAUGUGGAUGAAUCUGGGAGCCCGGAGGAGAGGCAGUCAGGCGAUGGAACCUCGUUCCCUGAGUCCCCUGACCUCAGUCAUAUGACAGGUGUGUACACAGAGCUGGAGAACUUGUAUGCGGGGAAGAGUGUGUCGCCACUGCAGGGUGGCUCCUCGGCAGAGCCCGAGGUGCCGGCACAGACUGAGGCCUACGGGCGCUCUCUCUCCCCCCUCACCCUCCCCCCUCUCACAGGUAACCGUAAAUCCGGCCUAUCCCUGUCCUGGAAGGAGCCUCUCCCCACUCCUGUGUAUGAGAUCCACCACCAGAGCAGUGUGGACUCCAACCCCUAUGUCAGCCUGGAAAGCCCCCCUGCCUCCCCUCAGCACUCGGAUGGUGGCCCCAGCACACUGACCCGCCGCAAGAAGCUGUUCACUUUCUCUCGCCCGCCUCGCAGCCGGGACACAGACAAGUUCCUGGAUGCUCUGAGUGAGCAGCUGGGCCACCGGGUCACUCUGGUGGAUGACUUUGUACCCGGGGAGAACGACUAUGAGGAGAUAUAUGAAGGUGGUUGUCAUGGUUUCAGAAGAAGAGGGGUGCCUAUGAGUUUCCAGGAGGACCAGGACCUGGGCUUCAUGCCCCGGCAGCUCAGCAGUGGCAGCAGCGAGGAUCACAGUAGCAGCGAUGAGGCCUCCUCUCCCUCCUAUUCCUCAGGAUCUGAGCCCAUCCCACCUCCUCCCACCCAGAGCCCUCCACCUCCCCCGCCCUUCCAGGCUUUGAUACCGCCUCCUGUUCAGUUCACUGAUCCCCUGCCGCCAGUCCGCUUCUCCCCUGAACACAUGCCCCGAAGUCGGAUGCCCUUCCAGCCCCACCAUCCCAUCAUCCCUCCUCCGCCGCCCCCACCGAGGACCCUCCUGUCCAGUCGCUCGCCUCUGCACAAAGUGCUCAGCACCACGGAAGAAGCAGAAAAAACUCACCAGCGCUUCCAGACCACCUCCACCCGCCUCUCACACAUCCACACCCCCCUGGUCUCUGCAACCUUGCGCUCCUCCCAGCCGUCCCGCCCCAGCUACCUCCCCCGGCAGCUCAGCCAGCCCCAGCCUAUUCACCAGCCGUCCCCCCAGCCCUCCCCUCAGCCGCUGAGACCGAGCCAGCUCGUCCUCCAGAGGCACCACCAGCUGCACCACCAACACAGCUACCAGGGCCCGCUGCCACCGUCCCUGCAGGAUCCCAACCCGUCCCAUAGUCAGAGCCAAGGAGCCUCACUGCUCUCACAGGCUCCGGCCCCUCACUCCACCCUCCCCAGUCAUAAUAAGACCUAUGAAAACCCACGGCAGGAAAACCAGUUGCAACAGGCACCGCCGCCCCCACCUCCGCCCCUGCCUCCACCUUGUGACCCACCUCCACUGCCCAAGCCGGGCCAUCACGCCUCGGACGCCAACCACAUGAGCGUGAAGAGGCUGCGCUGGGAGCAGGUGGAGAACUCUGAGGGAACCAUAUGGGGUCAGCUUGGAGAGGAUUCAGACUAUGACAAGCUCACUGACAUGGUGAAGUACUUGGACCUUGAUCUGCACUUCGGGACUCAACGCAGAUCCAUCUCUCCUCCAGAGCCAGCCUUCUUGCCAGAGAACUUUAAAAAGAAAGACGUGGUGGAGAUUCUUUCCCAUAAGAAAGCCUAUAAUGUCUCCAUUCUCAUCGCCCAUCUGAAGCUCUCCACAGCCGAGCUGCGUCAGGUCUUGAUGAACAUGACCACUGACAGGCUGGAGCCUGCUCACAUCAAGCAGCUGCUGCUCUACGCUCCCGAUGAUGACGAGGUCAAGCAGUACGAGCAGUUUGACCAGGACCCUGCCAAACUGAGCGAACCUGACCAGUUCAUUUUCCAGAUGCUGAUGGUGCCUGAGUAUAAGACCCGUCUGCGGAGCCUCCACUUUAAGACGACCUUGCAGGAGAGGACUGAGGAGAUGAAGGUUGCGUACGAUUACAUCUACAAAGCUUCAGUGGAGCUGAAGAGCAGCAAGAAACUGGCCAAAAUCCUGGAGUUUGUACUUGCAAUGGGGAAUUACUUGAACAAUGGCCAGCCUAAGAGCCACAGGACAACCAGUUUUAAGAUCAACUUCCUAACUGAGCUAAGCACAACGAAAACAGUAGAUGGGAAAUCAACCUUCCUCCACAUUCUGGCCAAGUCGCUGUGCCAACACUUUCCUGAGCUGCUCAACUUUUCCAGAGACCUUACAACAGUGCCUCUGGCAGCCAAGGUGAACCAGAGGGCCAUCACAGCAGAGCUGAGUGACCUUCACUCCACCAUCCAGGACAUCAGGACGGCCUGUCUGAAGAUCCCGCCCACCUCUGACGACCACUUUGCCUCUGUCAUGAGUAGUUUCUUGGAGAACAGCCAUCCCGCAAUCCAGUCUCUGGAGUCCCUGCAGACCCGAGCGAUGGAGGAGUUCUCCAAGGUGGCCUCCUAUUUCGGAGAGGACAGCAAGUCCACCAGAACAGAGUCCUUCUUCGGCAUCUUUGCAGAGUUCAUCUCCAAGUUUGAGAGAGCUCUCAGUGAGACCCAGACUCCAGAAAACCCCAGAAGCCCCAGACUGUCUUCCCCUCUGGCCUGGUAGAAGCAAGAAAUACGGAUGAACGUCGGGCCAAACCGACAAGCCUGUCAGCUCCAUUUUCACUCUGCUCUCCACAACCAAAGUGCCAAGAUCACACACAGAGACACUCAAACCAACAGGAACAGAGACCACGUCCUCUAUAGCAAACAGAAUGGAAAUAAACUUUACGUACGUGUAGAUAAUCACAACAGGUAAUAAGUGCCCCGUGUGCAGCAUUGCUGUUUUUUUUCAGGUGCUGAGUAGAGCAGGAACAUUCAGGUGUCCACAGGUCAAAAGGAAAUCACCGCACAUUGAUAACUCAAACCAGUCUUCACAUUAUUUACAUCUCUUUUUAAGUACACAUUACAUUGCAGAUAGUACAAGAUACACUCAAGGAACCGUCUGUGUAUAUUUGACUGCUCCAGUGCAUCUUGAUGCUCUACUAAAAUGACAUGUAAGUAAUGAACAACUCAUCUGAGUAUUUACAGAUUACUUACUAUGUUUAUUAUAUGACUAUAUAAAGUUUAUAUUUUCUAUCAGAUCAUAUUUGAAAUUGUAAAGAUUAAGCAUAGAUGUAGGCUGCAGACAGUUGUAGAAUCAAGGUUAUGGCAGGAUUUGAUUUGAAAAAAUAAUGCAAAUUGGGUUUUUUUCCCAUCAUCAAGUAUCCACAUUGCUGAUCAAUACUUACAGAUGUGGUCAUUGUCAUCUAACCUACUGUGAAUUUAUAAGGCAUCUGUUAUGGGACUUAAAAUAAAUUACAAUAAUAAUGAUUUUCCUUUCUAUACACAGCUGAAGUUAGUCAUCCACACCAAACUCUGGUUACAUUACAUUUCAUCAUUAUAAAUGAAGUUGCUUAUAAUCUUUUAAUCAAUUUGGCUUUACUUGGCCUCCCUAAAUUUCAGCAUAAUCUGUUGCUUUUUGACCACAGUUAAGACAUGUCCAUGGAAAAAUCACAUUAGCCAACUUACUGCCAGUAAACCAGUGGGCCAGUGGGCAGGUGUGGUUAACUUCAGCUUCAGCUCCCUAUACAUUGUGUUAGAUUUUUUCUGGAAUGUCUACUCGGUCAUCACAUCCCAGCUGGACUCAGUCCUGAUCAUUAACUGCCACUGAAGGCCAGGCCGGUUUGCAACACAUGAACUGAGAAGCCUCCAAUCAACACUUGAUGUCCCUUGUUUGUCGACCAUUGCGCAUCUGCUUUGUAAUUUUUCUGCCUGUGUGGAGCCAAAUUCAUUCAGUAACACACAUUUCCAUGCAAAACAUCAUUCAUAUGAGCAACAUUAUGCCUUUCACAGCGAGGUUACAAUUACUGCGUCAUUACAUGGUGAAAUUGGCUCAAAAAUCAUCAGAUUGGUAGGACGCGUGGGUGGAAUAGCAAAUCUUUUUCUACGAUCAGUCUUGUUAUUGGUGUAAAAAGACAAAAAGAAGGUUUAGGCUGAGGCUACGCUGAGUGCUGGCAGAGAGGACAGCUAAUAGUUCUGCUCUUUGUCAAGCAUUUCGAGUGUCGUGAACACUGCCCUGUGUAAACAAGUGGGUGAAUCACUGCUGAAUGAAUGAAUGUCAAAUGCAUGUGGGGGGAAAAAAACACCUAACUGUAAAUGGUCAUUUCCUGCUUUUCAGGUUGUCAUGGUGAUCUCAUGACUCAUCUACAGCACACUAUACCCGUGGCUGUGUUGUAUUUAUGUUGAUGAAACAUUGUUGAGAUUGUAAAUUUACUGUUUUUGCUAUGCACUGCUCAUUAUUUUAUAUUAUAUGCUUGUGUGUCCUCCAAGUCCUAGUUUAUUUUCUCAUUCAAGAAUGUCAUCCGGAAAUUACCAUUUUAUUUAUUCUUUAUGUGCAGCUGGCUUACGAGGUGACUGUGAUCUCGUUAAAAAAAGAUAAAUAAAUAAUGCUCUUCUAGCUGCUACUAGUGUAGUAAUGGUGUUUCCUGUCCAAAUAAUUUGCAUGUUGGUGCAGUUAAUGUUUUAAGAUGUGCAGCUGGUAGCAUUUACCCUCCCUGGAUAUUUAAGUUUAAAAUGAAUACAUUUGUUAGUCUAGUUAGUUUUAUUUUCUGGUUGUUGUUUAAUGUUUUCUCUGUUUUCAUGGGAAGUUGUUUUUGUGAUUGUUUGACCUUUAUGUUUUGUUCAGAGCUUUGAAAUGAAGCAUAUGUUUUGAUCUAUAAAAUUAUAAUGCUUGAAAGUAAAAA